AUGAUCAAGAGAAUAAUUAAGGAUGAUAACAGUCCAAGUGAUAAUGAGGUCAAUGACAAUAUUUGUGAUGAUGAUGAUGAUGUUGACGACGACGACGACGGCGACGAUGACCAUGACGAGGACGACGACGAUGAUAAUGGUGGUGGGGGUUUUGAUGAUGAUGAUGAACACGAUGAUAAUGAUGCUGACGAUGAAGGUGAAGCGUUCGAUGACGACGACAAUGGUGAUGGUGAUGGUGGUGGUGGAGAUGUUUAUAAUAAUUCUGAUGAUAAUCAUCAGAGACGAGGUCCUGGGAUCACAAAAUGA